ACCUGUCAGCCUCGCUCCCAUUUCGUUUUUAAUGCCCGCGAUUGGACACCAGGGGGCGCUGUAGCUGAUCCCAGAAGCCUCAGGCGCGGCUGGCAGCAGGAAUUAACCAAUGUCAAUAGCGGGGAUGGGACGAAGUGGGAGUGAGAGACUGGGUUGGAGGAAGGCUACGUGAUGAAGGCGCGGGAGGGAGGAACUGGGAGAGCCCCAGUGGGAGGAGGAUGGGCGGGGGGAAAGGAGGGUGCGUGGUGACGUCACCGUGUGAGGGCGGGGUGUUCCGGGGCGACGCAGCGUGUGACGCCUCCGCAGCUGUGCCGGGGUUAAUGGGAAAAGUUUUGGCCGGACCGAGGAUCCCGAGGAGUCCGGGAAGCAGCUGCGGAGGUGGAGAUUUAGCUGGUGCCGGAGUUAGAGAGGGCGGCAGUCCGGGCAGGCUGAUUUGGAUGUAGUUGGAAAAUAUAAGGGGAGCAAAAUUCUCAAAGAUUUGGAAUCAGUUCCUGAAGUUCAAUUUCAGGAGCCUCACAAAGUUUUCUGUGGUGUAUUUGGCAUGCAUGUGACACUUCCAAGACUGUUGCUGCUCACUUGACACAUGAGGAUGCAUUCUUCAAAGAGGCUAACAGGAAGCCCCCUGUAGAGGUCUACCUGUGAACAGAUACAGAUGAUGCCAGAACUAUGACAGGGCCGGCAGGCGUGGUACUGAGGGGUGAUCAACCAUGGAGCAGCUACAAAAGGAAGUACCUCAGGUCAGGGAAAAAGAGGAGAAAGAGGAAGUGGCAGUGACAGUGGCAGAAGAAGCUCCAGACCAAAAUGGGGGACCGGAGAGUUCACUUCCUUCCAGCAGCUAUUCAGACCUUUCUCAGAGCUCCUCGCCCUCCCUGUCGGAUCAACUCCAGAUGGGCUGUGAUAGCGCUUCCUCCGGGAGUCUUAACAUGGAAUGCCGGGUCUGUGGGGACAAGGCGUCGGGCUUCCACUAUGGCGUUCACGCAUGUGAGGGCUGCAAGGGCUUUUUCCGCAGAACCAUCCGUAUGAAGCUCGAAUAUGAGAAAUGUGACCGGAGUUGCAAGGUCCAAAAGAAGAAUCGCAACAAGUGUCAGCAUUGCCGCUUUCAGAAAUGUCUGGCACUGGGCAUGUCUCACAAUGCAAUUCGCUUUGGCCGGAUGCCAGAAGCAGAAAAGAGGAGGCUGGUAGAAGGAUUGACUGCAAGUGAAGUGAGUGGUCAAAAUCCACAAGGAGCUGACCUGAAGGCUUUCUCCAAGCACAUCUACAAUGCCUACCUGAAAAACUUCAACAUGACCAAAAAGAAGGCUCGAGGGAUCUUGACUGGCAAGGCCAGCAGCACACCUCCCUUUGUGAUCCACGACAUGGACACGCUAUGGCAGGCAGAGAAGGGACUAGUCUGGAAACAGCUGGUGAAUGGGCUCCCCCAGUACAAGGAGAUGAGCGUACACGUAUUCUACCGCUGCCAGUGCACCACAGUGGAAACGGUUCGCGAGCUCACCGAGUUUGCCAAGAGCAUCCCUAGCUUUGUCAGCCUCUUCCUGAAUGACCAGGUGACCCUGCUCAAGUACGGCGUCCAUGAGGCCAUUUUUGCCAUGCUGGCCUCCAUUAUGAACAAGGAUGGACUCUUGGUGGCUAAUGGUAAUGGCUUUGUGACCCGUGAGUUUCUCCGAAGUCUUCGAAAACCCUUCAGUGAGAUCAUCGAGCCCAAGUUUGAAUUUGCUGUCAAGUUCAACGCCUUGGAGCUAGAUGACAGUGACUUGGCUCUUUUCAUUGCUGCCAUCAUCCUUUGUGGAGAUCGCCCUGGCCUCAUGAAUGUCAAGCAAGUGGAGGAGAUCCAAGACAACAUCCUAAGGGCCCUGGAGUUCCACCUUCAAGCCAACCAUCCUGAUGCACAGUACCUCUUCCCCAAGCUGCUGCAGAAAAUGGCUGACUUAAGGCAGCUGGUGACAGAGCAUGCUCAGAUAAUGCAGAAAAUCAAAAAAACUGAAACAGAGACCUCAUUGCAUCCUCUACUUCAGGAGAUCUAUAAGGACAUGUAUUGAAGCCCUGAGAUAAAAGAGAUGCCCAGGGUGGUCUAGGCCACAUGUGAGCUAUCCAGGUACUAAAUAUCCUGGUGCUGAAGGACACAUGGUGGCUUGAAGAAGCACUGUCCACAUCCCAGUUCCGUUGACUUUGCCCAGAGGCACUUGGCAUUCCUCUGGAGUAGUCCAAACUUAUGUGUGCAUACACACACACACACACACACACACACACAUUCUCUGUCUUUCUGUCUCUCUUCCCUUCUCUCCUCCCCAUCCCUUUCUGUCUGUCUCUCAGAACCAGGUUUGUAUUAUCUCACCAGCAGAAACUAGAAUAGGCCUCUACUUUUUCCUAUUUGCUGGAUGAGGCCUUUCUAUUCCCUCCAUUCUACUGGGACAGAAAGGUGGAGGAGGUGCCAAGCUUCUCAGGCUCUCAUUUUCAUAGUGUAAGACGUGUGAGACACGCCAAAGAAACACUAAGCUGGGUCUAGGCCUCCUGUCCCUCUCCCAGCCUUUAGCAGUUGACAAGAUUUCAUUCCCCUUUGAAACAUCCUCCAGCUGCCUCCAGCUUUCUCUCCAAUUCUCUUGGGAAAUUGAUGGAUGAGGUUGGAAGUAGUAACCUCAAGGAAAUGGGAGGAAUAUGCAAACCAGAAGAGGGUCAUCCAGCAGAACCCCUGUGGACUUCUUGGGACUUAAUGAAUAGCUCUCCUAGGGUCAGUUAUGGAUUUUGGCAGCAAACUACAUUGAUGUCUAGCAUCAUUUCUAUUCUUUUAGCUGGUCUUCCAUGUUGGUGUUUACUACAGCCUCUGGUGCUGACUGACAUGGGGGCUUCCUCUUUGAUGUCCAAGAGGAUGGAUGAGAAUCUCUGAUAGCAGCAAGCCCCAAGGUGUUUGGGGAGAUUAAAAGGAGAUCCACAAUCCUUUAGGCCUUAGGGCUAAUUUCAUUUUGAAGGCCUUCUCCCUCCUCUGGACAAUUGGUGGGAUUCAGCCAUGUCAAUCUCCUGUCCCAUAUUUCAUUACUAAGUCUUAGUACACACUACCCUGCCCAGAAGCCAUAACCAGUAUCUAGAUAUUUUGAACUGAGUUUGAGCUUAACUUUCCCCCUUCCUGAUAAGAUGUGGAAAAGCUGGUGCUGUUAUCCAAGUCCUAACACCCCCUACUGCACUCCCAAGAGCCAUCAUGCUGGCAUCAACCACAAGCACUGAAUUCACUUUAAUCACAGGUUCCAUCCCCUUUCCCUAAACAGGACAGAGCUUCAGGAGCCACAUAGGGUUCCAGGCUCCCGGGCUGUUAGAUUGGGUGACCUGCUUUCCCUUUUCUCGAAGGUUUUAAAUAAGAAAUUCCCAGUGAACAGGGCAUCUCUGUUGACUCAGCAGCUGCCCAGCUUCUCCAACUGACAGUUUAACUGAAAGAGGUGGUAACUGGGGAUGAGAGCAAAAUAUUUCAUUCUGUAUAAUCUUCUGUAGCCUAGAAUGACCUAUCCCUUUUCUUCAAAGCUUACCACUACCACCUAUCACCCACUAGCCCAUUGCACUGCUGGGCCCUGAGGAGAUCAGACAGGCUGAUCUGGCCCAGCUCAGCAUGUAGGUGCUUCUGUGAACCAUCUCCCUCAUGCCUGAUAUGUCCCUCACACUCCCUAACACCAGGAGAGAGGUCCAGGCCAUUUUUAAAAUUGUAACUUCUCACUUUGGAGGUAGGCACUAAGGUCUGGGGCACAACCUAGGAAUAUUCCUAGGAAGUCAUUCUUAAGAGAAACAGCAGACUAUCCACUCCAGCUUCUUGAGGGGGAAAAUUAUUCGCUCUAGGGUCAUCCUGGCAGAACUAAGACUGGAACCUAGUUCAGAGGAAUCAAAGCUGGGUUCCUACAGCCUAGCAGAUGGGUGGGAGCACUGGUUCGGGGAGUCUUUGAGGCUGCUGGCAGCCUUGGGUUAAUGGGAUGGAGCUGGGAAGAAAUGAAAAGAGAAAGAAAAAUCCCAGCUAUUUUACCCCCUCUGCAUUCUUUAUGCUUUUUUUUUUGGGGGGGGGGGGGAGAGGAACCAGACCAUCUUAUCCCUUCUUUAUUCUGUCUUCCCCAAGUCCACUCUUGGCUUGGUAUUGAGGUCAGAAGUUCCUGACGCAGGACCUCCACCCACCUACCCCCUUGAUGGGGCAGGCGCCCUGGAACAGCUUUGCACACUCCCUGGGGGGUCCUGCCCUUGCCUGAUGCUGUGAAGGAAGACACUGUGCCUGACCAUCCAACCUUUCCCUCUCCCAGCCCCCACUGUGCAGAUGCUCAAAGCUGCCGCUCCUCCUUGUGUCAUAACAAUCUCCAAAAGUGAAAUGUAUAUUUUUGCUAGGAGCCCCAGCUUCCUUUGUUUUUAAUAUAAAUAGUGUAUACAGAUUGAUGAAACUCUAAAUAAAUGGAACUUAAAUAUCUAAAA